AAUUGACUGACAGUAGCAGCAGCAAAGAGGCAAAGAGUGAGUUGGAUUUCGGAAUUUUCGGUUCGGUCGUAAGCCACGCGAAUAUUACUCACUUAAAGGAGUAUUUCUUAUUUUUUGUUCGCAUAAACAAAUAUUAAAAUGGCUGAGACUAUGAAACAAACCGUUGCAGGUAUACUGAAGAGUAUUGAAAGAUAUAAUCCCGCCAAUCUGCAGACUUUGGAGAGGUACGUGGAGAUGCAAUCUCGUGAAAACACGUACGAUUUGGAAGCCAACCUGGCCGUAUUGAAGUUGUACCAGUUUAACACGGAGAAAUUCAACCCGGACAUCACUUGCCAAAUACUCUUGAAGGCACUCACUAACUUUCCUCAUACAGAUUUCACUCUGUGCAAAUGUUUACUUCUAGAGUCAGUGGUGGAAAAUGAGACAAUUUCCCAAAUCAAAUACUUGGCAGAUAUCUUAGAGCAGUGUGAUUUCGCUCAGUUCUGGAACAGAGUGCACCAGAUGCCAGAGUUGUGCAACCGCAUCAGUGGCUUCCACGACUCCAUCCGCAAAUUUGUGUGCCAUGUUGUGGGCAUCACCUUCCAGACCAUUGACAAGAACAACUUAGCCAACCUCCUCGGAGGUAUUGAUGAUGUGACUUUGAAACACUGGGUGAAGAAAUAUGGCUGGAGGGAUGAUGGUAACCUCAUCUUCAUUGCUAAUCAAGAUGAAAACAUUAAAACUAAAAACAUCACUGAAAAGAUUGAGUUUGAUCACUUAGCCCCCUUGAUGGCUUUGAUAUAAUUUCAUGGUGACAUACAUUUUAAUAAAAAUAUAACUGCAAAAAUAUAAAUAUUUUAUUAAUUUCA